UAUCCUCCCCAUGGUUCAUACUUUCAAUUAAAUACUUUUUUUUUAAGUUUUUACUAAAAUAAAUUUUAUUAUUUUCUUGUCGUGGUUACCAUUUUUCACUUAAUUUCAUUUGUCUCCUCAUUGAAAUAUGCAAGGUGCAUUUGGUUCGAAUUUUCAUAUGAAAGAGCUUUCAUUGAACAUACCACAAUUUGCAUAAAUUCCAAUAGUUUUCCUAUUUGACAUUUGCAGUAAAUACCAUCAUGGCUUGAGAACUUAAUUUUUCUUAUUAGAUUAAAGAGGAAAUGCAUUUUAAAUAAAAAAUAUAGUGAAAUAGUAAAAUAGAUGUAGUUAAAGCAGAAAUUAGUGUAAUUGCAUAUAUGUAGUCUCUUUUGAAUUGGUUCGAAUCGAAAGCAAAGCAAUAAGCUACCAAAGUUGGCUCUAGUAAUUUCACAAGUGUGUGUAUUUUCCGCCCAUUCACUUGACUCGGUUGUCGCGGAAUGCAUUUGCUCAAUGUGUGUAUAUAUGUAUCUUUAUAUAGCGAUUUGUGAAGUGCUAGGUGUCAAACGAAAACAGCAAUAACAUCAAACGCAACGAACUUGUCGAGCAUUACCAGAAUUGAGUUGUAUUAGCGGUGAUCAUUACUCAGUUAAGGCAUUGGAAUGGAAUGUGCUGCGAUCAGUUAGAUUUAGUGUAUCGAAGUGUAUUUAAACCUACUAUCCUUGAAUUAGUAGCAUAUAUAUGUAAAUGUAUGCACAUAAAAAAUAAAGCAAAAACAUAUUUGUAAAAUAUGAAAUUCUCUUAAAGUUUUAAAUAAUUGAUAUAACAAAUAGUGCCUAAAAUGGAUGAACAUACACUAAAUGAUUUGUUGGAGUGUUCUGUGUGUUUAGAACGUUUGGAUACUUCAUCGAAGGUGUUACCCUGCCAACAUACAUUUUGUCGGAAAUGCUUAGAGGUGAUCGUGUCCAGUCGACAAGAGCUCCGUUGCCCGGAAUGUCGUGUGUUAGUUGAAGUAAAAAUAGAUGAUUUACCACCAAACGUACUCUUAAUGCGGAUACUAGAAGGCAUGAAAAAUGCAGCCGCUAUUAAGACACAACAACAGCAAAAGUCGCACACCUCCAAAUCCAGCCCGGAUAUACGAAAUGUCAACGACUAUGAGCAGCAUCAACAACACCCAACAAUUGAACAUACACAAAUCCAACAGCAACAGUUACUGCCUGUCAGUAACAGCAUAAAUGGUGGUGCCCAACAGCUCCCACAACACUUUAUACAACAGCGACGUUGUUUGUUGCCACACGCUUAUGCACUUUACGAUUUCGAAUCAUCUGAACCGUCCGAUUUGCAUUUUAAGAAAGGCGAUUUGGUGUUGCUAAAGCGCAAAAUCGACAGUAAUUGGUACGUGGGACAGCUUAAUAACGGCAACGGUUUCAUUUCAGAGGGUACUUUCCCCAUAAAUCACGUGCAAGUAGUUGUGCCAUUACCAACACCGCAAUGUAUUGCAUUAUAUGAUUUUAAAAUGCCGCCGAAUGAAGAGCAAGGUUGUCUUACAUUCAAAAAGGGUACCCUUAUACAUGUCUUGCGUCGCGUGGAUCAUAAUUGGGCAGAGGGUUGCAUUGGCAGUUCAAUUGGUAUUUUCCCUAUCGCCUUUGUUGAAUUGAAUACACUUGCCAAACAGGUGCUCGAAGCAACUUACCUGGUUACCAAUAUGUCAACAGCAAUAUCGACUGCCCCGCCGGCUAUAGAUAUAGCCGCAUUGGCCGCCAACUAUUCUACAUCAGCUACGAACAGCGGGAAGCAAAUAAUACCGCAUCAGUUACGAAAUCCCCCGCCAAUGCCACAAAUCAAUACGAACAAUAGCGAGUCAACAACUUCAUCAGCUUCAGCCUCGAAUUCCUCAUCAAGCGCUACUAGCCCGCAAUCGGUUAGCACUACAACAACAACUACAGCGUCAAAUACUGCUAUGGCUUGUGUCGGCAUCAACAGUGCCGUAAACUCCACAUCGAUGCCCAGCAGUCCUAAUCAGUCACUGCCUGCCUCACCGCAACAUGACAGUUCCAACCUAAAUAUCGUCAGUGGGUCAAGCUCAGUACGCUUCCGCGAUAAACGUGAAAAGCGUCAUUCUCUAAAUGCUCUCCUCUCAGCUGGCAACUUACACACAGGUUUGGGCACAGGCGCAACACUAAGCAUACUGCAAUCGAAUCGUCAUUCAGCGGAAAUUUUAAGUGUACCCACAGAAACCAAUUCAGCAGAUAUUGUGCGUCAAACUUCGUGCGACGGUAGUGCAGAAGUACAAGAGGGUAUAAAUGCUGCGAACGUAGCGGUGCCGCAAAGCACGAUCGCACGAGAACAGCAGCAGCAACAACAAAUACACACCCAACAGAUGCAACAAAAGCAGCAACUGCCGCCGCAGCACACGCAACAACGUGUGAAUGUUUUGAAAACCAGUGUGGUGCAACAGCAUAUACCACCGAGUUUACCUUGGGGUUAUCUCGCACUUUAUCCAUACAAACCACGGAAAAGCGAUGAAUUGGAAUUGAAGAAAGGUUGUGUUUACAUCGUAAUCGAGCGCUGUCUGGAUGGUUGGUUUAAGGGUAAAAACUGGCAAGAUAUUACCGGCGUUUUUCCGGGUAACUACGUGACACCACUACGAAGCCGCGAUCAACAACAAUUGAUGCAUCAAUGGAAAUAUGUGCCACUGCAGAGCUCACCGCACCUCAAUCAAACCACUAUAAAGCCCGGAUCAAAUCUGGUGCCAAUUGUCCAAUCGCCACCUGCUGUGACUUCAACAACACAGCGAAUACACAGUCUGCAUCAACCGCCCGAUUUGCCGCCGCGUCAAGUGAGCAGCGCAUUGCCAGUCUCGUCGGUUUGGACAAAACCGCUCGGUCAUACAGUCGAGGCAUUUUUCAAUCGUUAUAGUAAGGCGCAUGAUACGACAAAAGAGCAAAACGUCAAGGAGAAGGAUAGUGGCAAACAAAAGGAAAAUAUGCCAAAUACAGCCACACCAACAGCUUCUUCCUCCACCACAUCCAGUGCGGUGCAGUUAAUGAAACGUUUGGCGCACAUCAAAUCACGUUCGAAAUCUCCGAGUAGUGCAAUCGCACGUCAGCAGCAGAAAAGUCCACACACACAAUCCGCACAUGACGCGUCAGCUACAACGACAACUGAUGAUUCCUCCAUUCAUUAUACGAGCAAAAAUUCUGCAUGCAACGCCGCACAGAAAAACAACUCACACUUCGCAACAGCUAAUACACACGCACAGUUGCAUCCAGUGCAUGUGCGCUCUGGUUCCUGUCCUAGCCAAUUGUUGCAGAAUCUACCAAAUGACCCAACAACGCUCGCUACAGCUGCUGCAAAUACAUCUACAAUGGCUCAAAUUCAAGAGAAUAUGCACAAGACACAGCAACAAAAACAGCAACAACAACAACAGCAACAAGCACAAAUGCAACAAAUCGCAGCACAAGGUUUGGGCUAUGGAUCACAGCAUUUGAGAGGACCAAAAGAACGUCCACACUUACAAAACGCACGACAAUCUAUGGAUAAUGCUACCUUGCGUAGCAUUUACAAUUCAUCGGUUUCACAACAGCAACAGCAACAAUUGCUUUCUAACACACCGAAAAAUGCUGGCGAGCAACAACAACAAAUAAUUCCUACAAGCACAAUAACUGCAAAUCACCGCAAAUCGCACAGUUUAGAUGCAGCAGCCGCUUUAUCUAGUUCCAAUAGCGAUUAUGGCGCUGUCAGCGGUAGCAAUAGUGGGCAGACAACAUUGCUUGCGCCAUGCAAUAUAACAGCAGCCGCUGUGGCAGCAAGUGCAACCACCAAGUCUACGCAGUGCUCACGUGAAAGCCGUUUCAGGUGUGUAGUUCCAUAUCCACCUAAUAGUGAAAUAGAGCUGGAAUUACAAGUAGGCGAUAUAAUUUAUGUGCAACGUCGUCAAAAAAAUGGUUGGUAUAAGGGCACGCAUGCGCGCACUAAUAAGACAGGUCUGUUUCCAGCAUCAUUCGUUGAGCCGGACAUAUAAAUUAGCAAAAGUAAAAAGGGAAACUAAUUAGAGUGUAAGUGUGUCAAAGUUAAGGUUAAAGUCAAGGUUAUUCGAAUUAAUAGUGUUAGAAUCGGAAUGUCACCAAGUUUAUUUUUCGGUAAAUUGUUGUACAGAAAGUUAAUAAGCAGUUAUGAUGAUUUAAAAAGUUUAAAGUUAACACCCACAAUGUUAUGCUUUCACAGCCAAUAUGCAAGGUUAAAGCGGACUGCUCUAAUCGAUACGUAAUAAUCGAUAGCUGUAAUUUUGCUUUAAUUUUUUUUUUAUUUUAAUUUUUUCCUUAUUCUACACCAGUUAGUUUAUAGCUAUAUCGCAAAAAUAUUAAUUGCAUUAUUGAAGCAUCGAAAUUGUUUACAUAUAUGUUUUAGUUAAAUUUCCUUCAAAAAUUUGUAUUUAAUCGCUGGUCGACGACCACAGAUUUUUUUAUAGUUUUAGGUUUUGUUAAACAAAUUAUUUUUAAAACUUUUUGAAAGUUAAUUACUAUAGCGUUAGCUACAUACAUUGGAUAUAAUCAAAAAUACAUGCAUACAUAUAUAAAUAUAAGGUGACUGACUGAGCAGUUGAGCUUAUUAUAAUAAUUUCUAAUUUUCUGUUUGUAAAAGACAUACACGCGUUCUCUUGAUGUUGUUGCUUUUUUAGUCAAUGGAGCGAAGUAUUUUUUUUUUUGUAGUGGAGGUAAUUAAAGUGUGAUGACGAGUUAAAAAUCUAAAUAAAUUUUUUACUACAAAAUUAUUUUCAUACAUAUGUAUGUAUGCAUAUUAUUUUUGUAUCAAUAAUUGCAAACAAAAACCGGUUUCUUGAAACCGAAAAAACAGUUAAAUAGUUUAUAAAUAAUUAUAUAUUACAUGCAUAAGUAACUAAUGAAUCUGAUUAGAAUAACUAAAUACGCAUAUUUUUGAAGCACAUAACUAGUUCAUACAUAUAAAACGAAGUACAUUUAUUAAAUGUUAGGUUAUGUUUGUUCAUAUUAAUAAAAUUUGCACAAUUUUCUUUAGAAAUAAGCACAAAUUGAACAAAAUUUAAGUUCAAUACUUGUAAACGAAUGAUCGUUUAAGCAAUUUACUACAGAUUUGAUACAAUAAUUUGAAAACGCAGUCAUAGAUCCGCUGGAACUUGUAACGCGGUAAUACAAUGUGAACAAACCGUUUUGUACUUUAAAGAUGUAACACUCUCGAAUCAGAAAGUAUCCUGCCAUUUUUUAUACUUUUUUACUAUGUAAUUUUAUACAAACUAAUACAUUUGUAUGUAGAUUCAUAGUACAUACUUGUGUAUAUAUAUGAAUACAAAUGUUUUUACACCACGUAUAAGCUUAAAUGCGACUUUUAAGUAAAAUAGUUAAUUAGAAUUUUUAUUAUCGAUUUUCCUUAUGUAGGAAAAUAAAAGAUUUACUAACAA